AUGAUCUUUCCCGGUGAUUGGGACAUUCAAGAUUGGUCUGGUGGAUGCGGGAGAGUAGCAAGGGUGGCGGUGGAGGUGGAGAUGGAUUUCUUGAGCUGCACCGCCUAUGUUAAUCCCUACGUGACUGGGCUGCGUCUUGUGGUUUGGGGAUCUUAUAUUGGCACCAAUUUGGAUAAAGAGCAUAAGAAGAAAUUGGCUAUAAAGUUGAUAUCAGCAUCACUUGUUGUUGGAGUCCUUAUCGCAAGCAUUAUCAAUGGAGGGAUACUCUAUCUGACGAGGCGAAAGUGGCGAGUAAAAGCAAAAGAUGAGGAUAUAGAUUUACCUACAAUCAAAAUGGCAGCCCUUGUGGAAGCAACAAAUAACUUCUCCUCUGAGAACAUGAUAGGAUCUGGAGGUUUAGGGUCUGUUUACAAGGGUAAGUUAUCUACGGGACAGGAAAUCGCUGUCAAAAGAUUGUCGAGAGGUUCAAAUCAGGGUGUUGAGGAGUUCAAAAAUGAAAUAAAGUUGAUUGCUAAACUUCAACAUAGGAACCUCGUCAGACUUGUUGGAUGUUGCAUUCAAGGAGAGGAAAUGGUGCUAAUAUAUGAAUACCUACAGCAUAAGAGCCUCGAUUGUUUUAUUUCUGGUGCUGUCUGAUAAAUCUUUCAAACCUUUUUUUGUUCUCCCUUUAUUUUUCAUGAUUGAUAGAAUACAUGGCUGAAUAUUUU